UAUUGCAAAUGGCGGCACUUGUUAUUGUUCCAUGGCGUUGAAGAAACAAGGUCAUUUCUAGGAACGUUUUAUCGCCUCCACAGUGUUGUUGUUGCUGUUGUUAUGCAGUAGAUAUGCUGAGGCAAAGUACUAACAAACAGUAGUUUCAAAGUUGAUGGCAAAGAUAAAAGGUUUUAAUGAGAGGAUAUGGUGCACAGAAAGCGACUUCAGUUGACGAUGGGUCCCCAGGAGGACUACAUUGAGACUGUGUUCACCUGUGAGGGAGAUUACCACGAUCCACAUCUCAAGGAUCGACUCGAGGAUUUCCAGAAAAGUCUGAAGGACCUCCUACUCACAGAUAAGAAGAAGCUGAUUUUGAAAAAGGUAGAGCCUUGGAAUAGCGUCCGCGUAACAUUCAAGAUUCCAAGAGAGGCAGCGUCUCGAUUGAAACAACUUGCUCAGCAGGGAAAUGCCACUCUUAGGGAAUUAGGCGUUCUUGCUGUAAAGAUAGAAGAUCAGAACAUUUCCCUUACAAUAGCUGGACGAAAUAAUGAAAGAACUCAACUUGUGUUCAGAACAGGGGAUGCAAUCCAAGCAACUACUCCAUCAGUCUCAGUGUAUAAUACAAACUCACCAUCUUUAGAUGAAAUAGGUCCUCAGGGGCCAGGACCUAGUCAUGUAGAUGUGACUAGUAAAAACAUUGCGGAUUAUUUAAGACAAGGGCCUUCAUUGUUAGAUUCAUUAUUCAAUCAGCAGUUGAGUGAUCGGCAUAUGGAAGGAACAAGAGCAAAAGUUAACAGUAUAUUAACAGAACACGGCCUAGGGCAGCAUAGAACUUUUCAGCAGACAGCAAGUAAACCUAGUCAUCAUAACAAUCCAUCAACUUCAAGUCCAUCAGUUAAUUCAGUGAGUCCUAGCAGGAGUCCGGUGGGGUCGGGAGGGCUCAAGUUUCCGCAGUUACCUGGUAUGCCACCUGGUUUACCACCAGGGAUGCCCCCUGGACCUCCAAGGCAUGCCCUGGACAACCUUCCUCCACCACCCCCUUACCCUGAAGGCAGCUCAUAUAUGAACAAUCUCCAGAAGUUGCGACUGAGUAGUGCAGGGACGAGUCCUCUUUUGGUAAACUUAUUGCAAAAUGAUCCAAGUUUAUCAAGUUUACUUGGGGCUGGACGAUUGCCCCCAAAUUUAGACCCAGAUCUAUUACAACCACCGAAGAAAAAGAGAAAACCGAGAAAACCUAAAGAAAAGAAAAAGAAAGAAGGGGAGCUAAUGUCAGUUCCAAAUGCUGUUAUACCGGGAACUUCAACAGAGGUUUCUAGUGUAGCUUCUUUGACGGCGUCAACACAUACAACUUCAGCUGUCAUCAAUCGUAAUUUGAAUCCAUCAGUUAAAGAACAAGGCUUUCAGAAUGUUUCUCAGGCACUUAUACAUGGUAAAAACAUACAGACUGAACAAAAUUUGCCAUUGACUAGUCCAGGUGUGUGUCGUAAAGAGGAAUGUGAUACUACUGGCAAAAUUAUUAAUCCAGUUACAGGACUUCUAGAGCCCAUGGAUUUAUCAGACACAAGUCCAUCUAAAAGUGAAGGUGAUAAAAAUUCUCCGCGAUCUCUUAUGAAUAAGGUAGGACUUACUGGUGAUCACAGACUUGAUAGUGCACAUGGGGAUGUAGGUCGCACAGCAGAACUUCAGGGUAGAUUAGAAAACCCCAAUCAGGGCAUCCAAAAACAGUUAACUGAACAGUUAAAUUCUCAUAGUGUAGCUUCAAGUGAACAUAGUUUAAAGCCUUUUAGUUCUAGUCACAUUAGUAAAAAUGUUUCAAUACAAAAACACUACCCUGAAGGUGUGAAAAAUGAUAUGUUGACAAAAGGGCGAUUGAAAAAUGACAUAAUGCCCUCACAUAGUAACUUAGAACAAAUUGUACCAAAAAGUGAACAUGAAGUGACAAAAGAAAGGCCUGAAGACAAGUGUGAUAACUUAAGUGCUUUGGAAUUGACAAAGAAAGCUGAUUCUAAUAAGAGUGAAAAAUUACCUCAGGAAAAUGACUCUACAUCUAUUCCCCUUCAAUUGCUCAAUAAACCGUUGUUACAAAUUAAACAUGACAGUAUGAUUAAGUCAUCUGGGUCGCCGGACAGUAACGGAGACUCAGAGUGUUCAAAUCUAGAUACUCAGAAUGGCCCCGAAACUGGCAGUCACCCGGGUCCUCAUUUAGACGUGCGUUGUUACAACAACGACUCUGGUGUUGGCAGUUGUUCUGAGAGGUCAGAUGAUACACCGUCCGAACAUGGAGAUAAUGACUUUAAAUCUGGGAAUCACAACUCAUUUGAAUGUGCCAAAACUCCAAAUAUAGAUUCUCUUAAACAAGCUCCACCACCAAAUGCUAAAAAUAUGAUUGUAGGUUUUGCUUUAGAAGAAACUCAGAAAAAUCAUAAACAUGUCACUGAGAAGGCCAUUUUGAACUCGGUUUUCGAAAGGGUGAAAAUGAAAAGUGAAAAAAUGGAAAUGUGUUCUACUAGUCAGUCACAACAAUUGCAUAACAACUGGUCAGAUGAAUCAUUGCAGUUCGCUAACAAUGUAGAAAACCGAGUAAAACAGGCGGUGUAUGAAAGCAUCCAUAGAAAAAGUCCAAAAAUGUCAACAAAUUUACCAAACUCUUUGCAUCAUGCUGUUGGAGGGCAGUUUCCUAUGCAAGGUUCAGAGUCAUCUAUGCAGAAAAAGAAAUCUAGCCCACGUAACAGCCCAAGAGGUAAUUGUAGCCCUCGUAAUCCUAGUAGCCCACGCAAUCCAGGUAGCCCAAGGGGAGGUGGUAGCCCUAGAAGUUCAGAACAGACCCAGCAGGGAAGUAAUAAUCGUCAGUCAUUCCGUACCAACCAAGAAGUACCAGCACAUAUGUCGUCAAGGGAGUCUCACAGUAAAUCACCUUACAGUGAAUUAAACAAAUCCGAACAAAGGCGAUCACCAUUUCAUAUGUUGUCAACUCCCCAUUCAGUAGCUGCAGCGGCAGCAGCAAGCAUGUCUGGGAUUCUAGGGGCCCACAUGAAUCAUGUUGAUGCAUUGCAUCAUGGUGGUGUUGAACCUUGUACAGUUUCACCACAGUGCAAUAUAGACAGCAUAGCGCUUUUGAAAUCCUUUGAAGCCUAUGCUCAGCCCCAUCUCAGCCAACUCAUGGCUGCAAACAAGGAUCCAGGUUUUCUUCAAAAACUCGAAGAUUUGAAACCUUUUUUUCAAAAAUUGCAACAACAUGCAGCUUCUCGGACAGCUGCAACCUCAGUAGCAAACGGUCUGGAGAAUUUAAAUCAUACUUCUAGGUCUCAGUCUGCAAUGAGUCAUUUGACAAAGUCAAGUGUUGGUUCAACUGUGACUGAUAUACAUUCUGUCAGUGAAAGUCCUGUGAUGCCAAAUAGUUUACAUGCUGGUCAGUGUAAUACAAAUGUGCUAACAUCUUUGAAAAAUGAUAAAGAAAGUAAUAGUUUACAUACAAAAGUUAAUAAAGUUGUGACAGAGGAACAAAAGAUUGUUUCAAGUGUGUCAUCUAGGAGGUCAUCACCUGGUGCAGCUACAAGCACCUCUGUCUCAAUGCAUUCUUUUGAUUCCUCAUUACCUCCACCAAAGCGACUAACUGAGUCAGUGCAGAAGUUGUUUCCAUUACCAUUGUUUGACACGUCUCUACCUCAUGUGAAUCGCAGAUCUCCGUCAAGUAGUGCCUCUGUGACGAGAACGAGUUCAAGUCACAUGGCACCAGGCAAUGCAAACACACGGGGAUCAGCUCCAUUGAUGUCCACUUCAUUUUCAACAUCAAACACGCGAAAUUUUCUGGCAGAAACUUCAGUGCUUGAUAUUGACUCUAUCACUCCAUCAAUAACAGCAGUUAGCAUUGGACCAAUAGACUUUCACAGUGAUACCUCUCGUAAAGUUGGCUUGGAUGCUAUAAAUUUAGAACACAAAGGCAUUACGCCAAGUUUAUCAUCGGUAGACUCUCAGCCAGUUAGCAUGGCUUACCCGGGUGUUGUGUCGUCCUCUGCUACUAAAUUAGUACCAGCUGUAACUGGUUCUAUACCUUCACAUAAAUUAGGAGAUUCUGGUGGAAAUUCUUUAAACUCAUCAGUGACUCAGUAUAGUAGUUCUAGGACUGAAACAACUUCUAGCUCUCUAGCAGUUAGUAGUGUCAAUGAAAUUAAAACCCCAUUGUGCAAUAGUGAAACCAAAAUGGCAGGCAAUAGUGCAGUGCAGUCUAAAAGUAAUAACUGUCAGACUUCCUCGUCUGGAUUAGGCCCUCCAGUACUGCAUCCACAGACUGUUAGUCAACCACUUCAGUUGAAUUUGGAUAAAUCAAAAAGUAGGUAUUCACAAAUGGGGUUGUCUGAAAUGCUUCAAGAAACGGCAAAUCUUCCCGCACCUACUGCGGCAACUACAACAUCGCAUCCUGUUCAACCAAUUAAAACACCUACAUCAGUUGCAAGUGUAAGUUCAGGGCCUGAUAAAACAUUACCAGUUAAUUUUAUUGAAAAUUUACAGUCAAAUAUUGAGCCGCAGAGGCAAGCAAAUAGCCCAGCAGUUGAAACAAAAAAGCUUAACUGUGAUGAAAAAAGUGAAAAGCAAAAAGAUUCAUCAAAUGCAGGGACUAAAGUAGGUGUUGAUGAUUCAGAUAUCCCUAAAUUAAAACGUCAGCCUAGCCUUAGUUUUUCUAGUAAACCAGGGCCUGUUAUGAGGUCAACAUUGAGCAGUGAUUCGUGUGAUAGUGAUCUGAAUAGGUCACAAGAUUCAUGUUCAUCUAAUAAUUUGACUCCUCCGGUACUUAUAGCUGUGUCGGAAUUUCAGGAAGGUAAAUCAGCAUCGGAAAAAGAUCCUUUACUAGUGAAAUCUGAGGUUGAAAAUCAUACUGAAAAUACUAAUUUAAUAAACACUUCUAUAGACAUACAAAGCCCAACUGGGUCUACUGUGAAUACAGGUAUUGAAAAUGUAACUGAAGGAUUAAAAGAUCAAGCAGUUGAUGUAACUGAGGAAAAACCACUGAUUCUGUUAGUAAAUAAUGAUACAAGCAUUAUAAGUGGCAUUAAUUCUAUUCAUGAAGACUCUGAAACUUCUCAAACAGUUGGAGUCCAGAGACAGAAAUCAUUAAGAAAACGUAGGGCAUCUUCUGAAAGUAUUGAAGAAAAGUCUGAAGGUGCUGCAAGACAAUUAAGAAGUAGAAAAAGAACUAAUACUUGUGAAAAUGAUGGUAAUGUUCCAGAAGAUGCAAAAAAAUUAAAACUAGAUCCAAAUACUGAGGUGUCUAAUAAAACUGAAAGUGCUAAAGAUAAAAAUGUGCUAAGUGCUAAACCAAGUUAUGUAAGUCCAGUGCAAGAAGCUAAAAUUGUUGAUGAACCUAAUACUCAAACUGAAUCAAUAAAGGCAGGACUAAGAACUCGGACAAACUCUAAAAAUAUGCAGGAGGAAAAACCAAAGCUGCCAGCUGUGAGAGAAAGUCGAAAAGACAGUAAGGUGGUGUCUGGAAAAGGAGUUGUUGAGAAGAAGGCAGAAGUUGCAAAAAUUGAGGAAAUGAAGCGUAACCAGCAAACACGGAGAAACAGACAGUCACCAUCUGCACCAGCCUUAGAAAAACAGGCAGGAACAAAUGUUGUUAGAGAAAAAUCUCCACUGCGAGGUAGUCGAACCAGAGGUCGUAAUUCUCCAGUUGUUAUGGAGAACUGUGAAGAGUCCCAAGAAAACAAACGAACCACAAGAUCAGCCAAAUCUAAGGAAACUAAAGCAGAGGGAACUACUGCACCAGCAGGCAAAGUUACAGCUGCCAAUAAACGUCGAAGAACAUCACAGGAUCAUAGGUAGCAGUAGUUAACAGGAUGGAGUUGGUAUACCAGUCACCUGUGUCUAGCAUGAGAAUGCAGUAGAUAUCUGAGGGUAUCAACACCUCGAUCAAGCACAAUUGUAGAAGAUGGUAUUAGGAAUAUGUGAAGCAAGGGAUACAUUGCAUGCAAGGAAGGAGGGUUAAGGAAGUGAUUCAAGAUAAAGUUGAUGUUUAGCAGAGUUGUUACACAUAUGUUGUUUUAAGGUGGUAUUACAGGAAUGUUGGUCGCAGGUUGGUUCUUUUGUAAGUGCUAGAACUUGAGGGAGGUCAGGAAUGAUCUGUGCCUCGAGAAAAGUGAACACAUAGUUGCGCGAGUGCAGUGCAACAAAUUUGAUGAAAAAGUUUAGGCGUAACAAUACUUUGUUUUGAGGCUGCCAAUGAUAGCUUCUUUAAAGUGUGAUACUAUUUGCUUCAUAAACACAGGAUGAGGACCUUACAUAGCGCUAUCACAUAGUUAACAUAUAAAAUAUGUAUAAAAUGCUCAUUGUAUUGCAUAUUUCUCAUUAAACAAUUUCAUAGGUGUUAUAUAUCCCAUAUUAACUUUCAUAGAGUUGUUAAUAGAUAACAGUUUGAGAAUUUUCUCAUACAGAUUAUCAAGUUUUCAUAAUACAAAUUGUUUUUUUGUUUGUUUUUUUUCCCUUAUGUUGUACAUAGCAUCUUUGUAAAUUGGCAGUAGAAAAAAAAUGCAGUCAUUUUUGUUAUAUUUUUUCAUUUUCAUGCUGUAAAUAAAAGUUGUACAUAGUAUGAACACUAAUCAUAUUUAAAUAUGUAAACUUAACAUGAAAAUGAAAUGGUGAAAUAUUCCUAUAUUAUUUGUCAUGAAGAGACGAUUUUUUCAUGGCCAUUUUGUGAUUUUGUUUGUUACUUUAUGAUUUUAGAGAUUUAGAUUAAAGCAUCAUAUAAAUGACUCUUGUUACUGAUGUAUAGUGUUGAGAAGUAUAUAGGAUAUCUAUACAUUUACGCUGUUAUUUAAGUCUUCUUUUUUUUCUUUAAAUCAAAAUAGACUCCUGUAGUGUGUAUAAUGUUUUUGUAUCUCUAAUUUUGUGUAUACAUCUUACGUCCUAAACUUUUUCUCUUUUUUAUUCCGGAAGGGAGGCAUAUUAGUUUUCAACUGUCCAUCAGUUUGUUCGUUCGUUCAUCACAAUGAUAACUUUCUGCAUGAAGGCACUUUACUCGCGAACCACUGCACCCAGGACCUUCAAACUUCACUUGCAGAUAGUACUUAUUGAGUACACAACCCCUACUGACUUUGGGGUCACCAGGUCAAAGGUCAAGGUCACAGGAGCCAAUGUUAACUUUUUGCAUGAAGGCACUUUACUCGCGAACCACUGCACCCAGGACCUUCAAACUUCACAUGCUGAUAGUACUUAUUAAGUACACAAUCCCUACUGACUUUGGGGUCACCAGGUCAAAGGUCAAGGUCACAGGGGCCGAUGUUAACUUUUUGCAUGAAGGCACCUUACUCGCGAACCACUGCACCCAGGACCAAACUCCACAUGCUGAUAGUACUUACUGAGUACACGACCCUUACUGACUUUGGGGUCACCAGGUCAAAGGUCAAGAUCACAGGGGUCAAUGUUAACUUUUUGCAUGAAGGCACUUUACUCGCGAACCAAUGCACCCAGGACCUUCAAACUACACAUGCUGAUAGUACUUAUCGAGUACACGACCCCUAUUGACUUUGGGGUCACCAGGUCAAAGGUCAAGGCGCUGCGGGGGCAUUUGUCACCAUUAGUGACAGCUCGUUUCAGAAAUUAUUCUUGAAAUGCCAUUUUUAAUUGAUUUUUUGACAUUUACCUGUAGAUUGAAUAUUAGGAAUCAUGUGCUAAUUACUAGUGAUUGAAUCUUUUUCUAGAAAGUAUUAAACAGUGAUAUGAUUUCUGGUCAGUUAAUUUACUCUCAAAUAUAUAAGUAUAUAUUGGGACUAUAUUGGAGUCACUCAUGCCUGCCCGUCCACUCCAUAUCUUUUUAACAGCUGGGAAGAUGUUCAUAAAUUUGGCAUUGAUUAUUAACAUUUAUUAGUAUCAAGACAUUGUGCAGAUUGUACAACGUAGGUCACUAGGCCCAAGGUCAGGUCAAACUUCUGAGUCUAGUGUCAAAUACCUUAACCUUGUGUUUGCUCCAUAAUUGCUUGGAAGAUUUUCAUAUAACUUGCAUCAAUUGUUUAACUUGUUCAGACCACUUUCAGAAUGCACAGUCCAUGUCACUAGUCUGAAAGUCAAGAUCACACUGUUAGGUCAAAGAUAAAAUAGGCUAACUUUGUGAUUAAACUGCUUGGAAGAUUUUUAGUAAACAAACAGUUGUUUACCUCAUCAAGAUGACAUGCAGAGCACAUAACCUGGGUCACUAAGGCCAAGGUCACUUUUAAGAGGUCAAAGAUCAGAUAUCUCAUACUUGCGCCAGCUACAUGUUCUUAACCACCUGAAGGAUUUUCAUAAAAGUAGUACCAUUCAAGAUUACAUGCAGAGUACACAACUCAGUUCACUAGGUCCAAGGUCAAGGUAACACUUCAAGGUCAAAUACAUGAUCACAAUAUUUUACUUUCUCUAUCAAAAGUGUUGUCUUGGGGUGUUAAUAACAUUUAAUGAUAGCUAUAGUUGUUGUUUAAAAAUAGUUUUCAUGACAGAACCAGUAUCUGUUACAAUUGACAGAAUCAGUCAAAUUGUAGGCUUGAAACUGCCACACUUCACAGUAAUAAGUAAAUUUUGCCCAUUAAUGAUUGGAAAUAUUUUGAUCGAUAUCCUAUUGUGUGACUUUAAAGGCAUUAUAUAUUUUGCAGUUAUUAACAUCUCUUUUGAAACUCACAUAUUGAAAUGUAUGUGUUAAUGGACAGAAUGGCUGUUUAGUGUACAGUUUGAGAAAGGUCAUGUCUUUGUUGUUAAUAUAAGUUUAAAAUAAGUGAUGAUGAAACUUAAAAUGAUUUAUAUGAGAAAAACAACAAUGUGUAUCAAACAGGUGAAAGCAAAGAUGAAAUUAUUUUUUUCUCAGAGAUAUACAGGGCAUUCUUUGUACAUUUCCAAGAAAAUAUUGUUAAUGGAAGGAAAGGUGAAUGAUUACAGUGUCUUUUGUUGAGACUUUACAUCCUAAGAAAAAAACACCUUGUUUUGAUAUUGUAUAUCAUGGAAGGUGUUGGAGAGAAGGCCUUUUCUACAUUUAACAUAUUCAAGUUAGAUGUCUGGUUAAAUCAACUGGUAAAGUGCAAUGUUGUAUGAAUGCAUGGUCAAGGUUAAUAUUCUCCAGUACAUUUCAGAAGACGGUUUGGCUGAAGUCACAUGUCCUCUAUUUGCAGUUUAUGUUUGGUAAGUUGUCAGUCAGUGGCAGAGACUGUGGGGAUGACAGUCAAACAAAUAUUUACUUUAAAAAAAUGAUAAAAAUGAUAAGAAAAGAUGUAAACUAAAAAGUUAAUUAUGUUAAAGUAUGUUGUUUGUUUUUGUUCCAUUGAACUUGGUGACUGGUCACACUUAAAUUAUUCUACUAGUUGUUUAUCAGUACAAGCACUACUAGUUGUUUAUUGGUGCAAGAACUACUAGGCCUCUAUCUGUUAACGGUUAAUUGUCAUGCAUCGGUGCAAGGAUUACUGGUCGUUCAUCCAAUCAAGGACUUCUAGUUGUUUAUAGGUACAAGGACUACAAUUUGUUUAUCGUAAAAAGACUAUUGUCGUUUAUCUGUACAAGGACUAAUGGUUGUUUGUCGGUACAAGAACUACUGGUUGUUUACCAGUACAAGUACGACUAGUUGUUUACCAGUACAAGUACGACUAGUUGUUACCAGUACAAGUACGACUAGUUGUUUAUCAUUAUAGGAAUAUUCAGUUAUUUUAUCCGCUAAUUAUUCCAUAUCACAGGCUAUGUGCUAUCAUAUAUUCAAUAAAUGUUUCAAUUUCAAUGUCUUUGUUAAACAGAUCAAAUAGCUUUCCUUUUGUUGUGGUUGGUAAUGGGGAUUUUAACAUUUCACACGAAAAGUGAUACUUAAAUUAUUUUUUAAAAUCUUGAAGUUAUUAGUAAUAUUUUGUUUCUUAUCACAGCCAUAAUGCUAUCACAUAUUCAAGCAUAAGUUUCUUAGUCAAGCAGUGUGUGGAGCAUUCUGGAGAACUUGUUAUUCUUACAUAUGUAAUAAAACAACCUGCAGAUUUUGGGCAUAAAAGCAUUUGUUAGUAUUGGAAGGAAUAGUAUAAUUAUUUAAAAAAGAUUUUUUUCUUUUCUAUUUUGUGUACAUACAGAUGUAGAAAAUUGAAAUAUUGAUGCAGUAUUAACAAAUAUUUACUAAACUGAUUCAUACAGGAUUAAGUUAUAUAUUUUGAUUGUUGGUUCGAUUUUUGUUUUAAUAUUCAGAGGAAGUGGGGGGGGGGGGGGGGGGGGGGGGGUGACAUUUGUUAAUUGAAAUAAGCUGAUUUUUCUUCAACAGUGAUGAUUUUAAAAACUAUUAUCAAAGACGCCUUUUUACUAUUGUAGUGGCAGUGUUGUUUAUACAAGUUUGUCAUGCACUACACUAUGUUUCUGCAUACAUCUUGUUAUCUUCUAGUUUUCUUCUUUCAUUCUUACAGUUACCUGUUGCUUCUUCCUUUUCAUCCAUCUUCUCUUCGUCAAAUUUUAUGUGAUACAUAUGUUUAAAUCUGAUAACUUUUACAUCUUUUAAGGAACUUGUUAUAUUAAAUUUAUUUGCUGAAAAUGCCAGUGCUGUGUAGUGGUAUAAGUUCAACUUUAAUCAGGCAAGUCAUUCAUUAAUACAUAUUUGAGUCGUGCCGUGGGAAAACCAACAUAGUGGCUUUGCGACCAGCAUGGAUCCAGACCAGCCUGCGCAUCCACGCAGUCUGGUCAGGAUCCAUGCUGUUCGCGAACAGUUUCUCUAAUAGCAAUAGGCUUUGAAAGUGAACAGCAUGGAUCCUGACCAGACUGCGCGGAUCCAUGCUGGUCGCAAAGCCACUAUGUUGGUUUUCUCAUGGCGCGGCUCAUUUGUCAAAAUAGCUAGUAACUCUCCUUAGUCAUCAAGUGUUAAUCAUGCUUCUUGCAAAUUCAUUCGCUUUUGCUGUAUUUAGGUUGCACAGCCCUGAAAUUUAGAAUAAUACUUGUUUCUGAGGUCCUCUGAUUAAAAAAAAAUCCUGUUUUUUGACUGGCUGUUGAUGGUCGGUCCAAUUAUGGUGAGUGGAAUAAUUGUUACUUAUCAUGUCAACUAUUUUAAAUGAUUCUGAACUGCCAGAUGGGUUUUCACAAUUCUUAUUAAAUAAUACAUUCUUGCACGAAACUCUGAGGUGUAUUUGAAUAGUCCCACAUGAGCUCAAUGUAGUGUGAUAACUGGAUGAUUACAGCUUGUGAUACGGACUUGAUUACCAUCAGGCAACAUAUGGUCUAUAGAUUGCCCACUUAAAGUUGUGUUAUCACAUCCAAACUUCAGCAUAAUACAAUGUACUGUAAGUCCUGUUAAAAUGUUCUUUUAUAAUGCAUGCUUUCAUUCUGUAUGAAAUGUAGCUAAAUUGUAAAUUUAACACCGGAAGGAGCUUGUUUAUUAAAAAUGUGAUUGAAAGCUAUAAUUAGUUUGUAUUCAUAUUCUUUGUUUCUUUACAAAUUUUAUUCUUUACACAAGUUUGAAACAAUGAUAUUCUCCUCUUUGUCAGAAAAAGUGUACAGGCUUGAAAGCUUCAGCUUUGGGAAAAUAAUACCGGAUGUAUUGAAAAGUUUCCUUUGUAAAAUUUAGUUUCAUUGGGACACAAAAGUCAUACUGAUUUUAUACUGUUCAUAACUUGUUAAAACAAUAAACUGUUGAUAAAAUAGGUUUUGCUUUCUUAUUGAAGCUUUUAAUUUUGACAAAAUUGUGCAGAAAAACUUGUUUUUCACUAUCAAAAUGUAUAAACUACUAUUUAACAGUCAUAAUUACUAAAACAAUAGUCAAAGAACAUCAAACAAAAUGUCUACAUACACAUAAACACCUUGCUUGAACGUCUUUCAAAAGCAUAUGUUAUAGGGAUAAUUCUUUAAAAAAAGUUAUCCUGCCGUUUUUGCCUUUGUUUUCAUCAACAUAAUCAAAUUAUUGCACAAUGUUGAAGCUUGUUUAAAGUUUUGUAUUAAUUAGUUCACAAUUGCAUACAAUAACGUGGUUGAAACAGGUAAAAGAAAAUUAGUACCAGGUCUUAGAUUUUGAUAUUUAUCUAUAUACUUUUAUGAUACGAUUUUUCUUCUUCAACAGGUGAUUAUAUCAAGGCACAUAUAUAUGAUUUUAAUGAGGAUUAGUUUUUUUGGCUGAGUUAUUAGCUUUAUAAAAUCAGUAAAAUUUGUGUCCCCUUAAAACAUUGCAUUGAUGAAGUUGCUUUCAUUCUUUAGUGUUUGUUUCUUACCAUUUGACACCUUUUCGUAUCACUUAAUUCUUUCUAAGUGCUCAUAUUUAUUUAUAUCGAAACUUUUCUGAGAAAACUUUAAUAACUAGCAAAAUCAGUUCAAGGAAAUUUAGAAUCUGCAGCCCAUAUUGUGUAAAGGAUACCAUACUGUUCAAAAGUAACUUGAUAUUUUUAUGACUGUAACUUGCAUGAUAGUUCUCUUCUUUUGUUUAGUGGAAUUUUAAGUAGAACUUUCCUCAGUAUAUUUGGCAGACCUGUUAUUAUUUAUUUGGACCUAAAGCUUUCAGUAGUUUUUGUUUUGAACAAGUCAUUAAUAUCCAUACAAUCGGGAUUUUAUAGGGUGAUGUUAUUAACAACAGAUGUAAUAGUGAUAAUUCUGUAAUACGUAUUUGAUAUAAAUGUCUACACAAAGUGUGUUUUUUAAAGACACACACCAAAUAUAGCUGUUUACUGCUGCUUCCUGCAAGGGAUUCUUUGAUAAAGUUAUAGCAACAACUAUAGUAGUUUCAAUUUUUUUUUGUUUUAUGCGAAAAAAUUGAAAUUAUGUGUAAUCUAAAAAUUCAUAAAUACACAGACAGACAGCAAACAGAUAUUUAAAGGAAGUUGAAAGAAAAGUCUUAAUAUAAAGAAAGUUCUUAAGAGGUUAAAAUUGACCUAAUUUUCUCAAAGAAGGGCUUCAACUCCUAGAAAAAAUAUGUCUUCAUUUUAGCAGGCUAUAAUUUAGGGCCUUACCAGAAUUUUUAUUAAGUUUUUGAUACUUGCUGGUAUAGAAUUUUUGCCUGUUCUUCUGUUUUAGCCAAAAGUAUGGGAAAAACUCAAAAUGUCACUUUGUUAGUGCUUUUAUUACUUUUAAGGUAAAGGACACUUUAAAAUGGUAAAUAUUUAAUAUUUGUAAUGGUACCUGACAUGAAGGAUUUGGUUAUAUUUCAGUAAUUGUUAAAGGUUUCAAAUAGAAAACAUCAGCAUUUAAAACGAAAAAAGUGGUCUAUGUUUAUAAUACAAUUGUAUAGACUAGUCUUUCUUUUGAAGUCACUUUAUUUAUAAAGUUGAGAACCUUUAUCAGGUGCUUGUUACUAUGUUCUGGAAGUUGCUUCAUGUGCCAGCACGUAUACCUGUUUCGAAUUUUCAGUCUCUCACGAAAAGUAAGAUUAUUUGUUUACUUGACACUAUAAUUUCUUUGUUGUGAUUUGAUUGCUGUUACUGAUGAAAGCUUUAGGUAGAUUUAUUUCUACAGCAAUAACUGACUGUUACACAUUGUAUAUGAUCAGAAUGCAGAAUGAUUAUAGAAUUUGUGAUUUUUUGUUAUGUGUGAAAAAUGUAAUUUAUGAAAGUAGUGCAAAUUGGAACUAUUUUCUUUUACAUUUAAACACAGUUUUAUAUUAAUCUUUAAUUCUACCAGUAAAUAUAAACAGAUCACAUACAUCAUUAUUUCAAGUUCUUCAAUUAAAGGGGCAUUACAUUUCAUUCUGUUCGUAAUUUUCUACCUGGAAAUGGUCGUUUCAUACUUUUAUUACUAAAGUAUUCUUCUUCACUGAUUGAAACCAAGAUAUUUUUUGAAGUGAAAAUUAGUUCUUCAGCUUGUAUUAUAUGUCAGCUUUUAUCAGUUUAUAAAAAUCUGUCACAUAUAUAACAAUGAUAUCACAAUACAUAGUGACCCACUCCCCAGUGUUGUUUUCUGUCCAACUUCAUGCGUUUCACCUACUUCAUGUUUUAUUUCGGGAUAUCUAUUUACAUGUAGAAUUGUUAAACUUUGUUGCGGUGAAAACUUAUUUCUGUUUAUGUACAUUUUGUAAAGAUAUAUAAAGUAUUUGCCGUACAAAAAC